AGGAGGAUGUGCGGCUGGCCGCUGCUAGUGCUGUGGGCGCUGCUCCCCGCGACGGCUGCGGGGAGCCCGGGCCGCUCGUACCCGCACCGCGUGGUCCUCGAUCCCGAAGGCAAGUACUGGCUGCACUGGGGCCGGCAGGGCGAGAGGCUGGCCUUCCGUCUGGAGGUACGCACGAACGGCUACGUGGGCUUCGGCUUUUCGCCCACCGGGACCAUGGCCGCGGCAGACAUCGUGGUAGGCGGAGUGGCCCACGGGCGGCCCUACCUCCAGGACUAUUUCACAAAUGCAGAUAAAGAGUUGGAAAAAGAUGCCCAGCAAGAUUACCACUUAGAUCACGCCAUGGAGAACAGCACACACACAGUGAUUGAGUUUAGCAGGGAGCUGCACACGUGUGACGUCAAUGACAAGAGUCUCACGGACAGCACAGUGAGAGUUAUCUGGGCCUACCACCGUGACGAUCCUGGGGAAUCUGGUCCCAAGUACCAUGACUCAAAUAGAGGCACAAGGAGUCUACGGUUACUGAAUCCUGAGAAAGCCAAUGUAGUGUCUACAGUCUUACCGUACUUUGAUCUGGUAAAUCAAGACGUUCCCAUUCCAAACAAAGGCACAACAUACUGGUGCCAAAUGUUUAAGAUCCCUACAUUCCAAGAAAAGCAUCAUGUGAUAAAGGUGGAGCCAGUAAUAGAGAGAGGCCAUGAGAACCUGGUCCAUCACAUCCUGCUCUAUCAAUGCAGCAGCAAUUUUAAUGACAGUGUUCUGGACUUUGGCCAUGAGUGCUACCACCCGAACAUGCCUGAUGCCUUCCUUACCUGCGAAACUGUGAUUUUCGCCUGGGGCAUUGGUGGAGAGGGCUUUACCUAUCCACCUCAUGUUGGCUUAUCCCUCGGCAUGCCACUGGAUCCUCGGUAUGUACUUUUAGAGGUCCACUACGAUAAUCCCGCACGGAAGAAAGGUUUAAUAGACAGUUCGGGGCUGAGGGUUUUCCAUACGACAGAUAUAAGGAGAUAUGACGCAGGGGUGAUUGAGGCUGGCCUCUGGGUGAGCCUCUUCCACACAAUCCCCCCAGGGAUGCCCGAGUUCCGUUCCGAGGGUCACUGCACUCUGGAGUGCCUAGAGGAGGCCCUGGGAGCUGAGAAACCAAGUGGAAUCCACGUGUUUGCGGUUCUUCUCCAUGCUCACCUGGCAGGCAAAGGCAUCAGGCUGCGUCAUUUUCGGAAGGGAGAGGAAAUGAAGUUGCUGGCUUAUGAUGAUGAUUAUGACUUUAAUUUCCAGGAGUUUCAGUAUCUGACAGAAGAACAAACAAUCUUACCAGGUGAUAACCUGAUCACCGAAUGCCGGUAUAACACCAAGGACCGAGCUGUGAUGACUUGGGGAGGACUAAGCACCAGGAAUGAAAUGUGUCUCUCAUACCUCCUUUAUUAUCCAAGAGUUAACCUGACCCGGUGUGCCAGCAUCCCGGACAUCAUGGAACAGCUGCAGUUCAUCGGCGUGAAGGAGAUCUACAGACCUGUCACGACAUGGCCCUUCAUUAUUAAAAGCCCUAAGCAGUACAGAAACCUUUCUUUCAUGGAUGCAAUGAACAAGUUCAAAUGGACCAAAAAAGAAGGGAUGUCCUUCAACAAACUCGUCCUUAGCCUGCCUGUGAACGUGAGAUGUUCUAAGACAGACAACGCAGAGUGGUCGAUUCAAGGGAUGACAGCAUUACCCCCUGAUAUCAAAAGGCCUUAUGAAGCAGAACCUCUGGUGUGCGAGACAGCAGCGUCCCCGCCACUACAUGGCAUUUCCUCCCCCCGCUUGCUCAUGGGUGCUCUGCUUCUUGGAUGUGUGCUGAGCACCCAGGGCUUGUGACUUCUGUCAUACUGGCGUCUGAAAUAUGAGACUGUCCUUUAAAGUCAGGUUAAAGACCGUGUUCAUGUGAGGCCUGAAGAGAUGGGUGGUUACGAAGAGCCUGGAAACUUAAAUUUACACACACACACACACACACACACACACACACACACACACACACGCUCCUUCCGUCUUCCUUCCCAGGAAGACCUGAGCGAUGUCACUGAGGUUCUCUGGGCUUCUCGAUGAAAGUCGGCGUUCUGUGCAUAUGAUUAGUAGAAUAAAAAUGGACCUGAUUUAACCACUUUGCAAGCCAGCACAUCGAGUGGAAAGCAAAGAGUCUUUACUUUUUCAGCAUUCCAUGUGAUUUCAACAUGACGCUUGACUUCCUUCUCGCAAACACGUUGACCUUAAUAACAUUAGUGGGCUUGUUCUCCGUUCCCGUUCGUUCUUCUUCCUUUCUGGGUGUAACUCGCCAGGGUGAGCACAGGUCCCAGUCCAUGUGCUCUCUCUGACUUUACUCAUGGUCCUCUCACCUGGCUUCCUCCAUCCACUGACUCUGUUGAUACCCAAGCCCACAUCAAAGUAUUUCUCAGUCUUUCUAGCACUGCCCGGCUGGAUGUUUCCCUUAAGCUCUACAACUCUCUUAAAGAAGAGAGAUUCGAGUACGUGUGGAGAUGAUGGGGGCUGAUUGUUAACUGAGGAAAAAAAAUGGAGAGCGGUGAAGAGUUCUAGAUGGGGUGAGAUUCCCAAGAUGAGCUGACAAAGGUGUGUGCAUGCAGGAGGCGGAGCCACGGAGUCUGUAAGGUUCCUCGCCACUCCACCACUCAGCGUUACCCUCUGGGUCGAUCUGAGUCACGUUUCCUAUGACAGAUUUAUUUUUAUAUUAGUUAACAAACUGACUUCCAGUACAAAGUUGCCACCAACUGAAGAUCUUAUUCUUUUGGUUCUCUUUGUAUUAUCUGCUUAAAAUCUUGUUUUAUGUCCUAUCUUCAUCCAUUAAGCUGAAUGUUUGGAUCAUAUUAAUAAGCUUAAAGGAAUUAAAGGUUUUGUAGAGCAUCUUAUGUGAUUCAUGAGGGAAUCAAGCUGUUGUGUACUGAUGUCAAUAAAGUCAGCUAAGAAACUGUAUUUUUCCACUUUAAGCCCUUU